GUUAUGCACUCAAGAUACAAGUGUAGCUACUUCAAACAGCAGGGGUGGCUGCAUGAGUGGAUCAUGAUGGUGGAGGAGUCUGCCUGGGAUACAUGGACAACAUACUACUUGCCGACAGUGUCCAAGUUGCCAAACGCAGAGACAACAAAGAAUGAAGAUUUAUUUGCUGAUGUCAAUAACUAUAGGCAUAGCACUGAAGGAGAUGUCUUCGAGGCUUAUAUCAAUGAUCCAGUGACAGACUGUGGUGAUCCAAUUAUACAUUGGAGUGCGAAGUUGGACAAGCGGGAUGCGAAGUCGAAGAAGAAGGUUGUUACACCGAUGGGUGCACUUGCAAGAAUGGCACUCGGUUUUUUGUCUGCCCCUGCAGCAUCAACUGAUGUGGAACAAGUUUUCUCUCAUGGCAGGCUUGUGCUCAAUAAACGCCGGCAUAAGCUAUCUGUGGAGUCAACACGGGCAAAUAUCAUACUGAACUCUUGGGGCAAGGUGGAGGAUCUCAUACCCAAAAAGGUUCUUGUGAAGAAGUUCAACGAGAAAGCAUUGCAGCCAAAUAAUGGAGGGGGGAAAAAGAAGGCAGUGGUAGAGAUCAUAGACAGCACUGAUGAUGAGGGCGAUGCAACGGAUUCUGGUAGUAGUGAGGAUGAUAAGAACAGUGAUGAAGACCAUGGAGACCAUUAG